GGCGCAGGCGCGUUGUUGAACUUCCAGCUCUGACUCCAGAGCUUCACUCAGUCCGGGCGGGCCGACGCGCCGAGUCGCCGGUGGGGACGCGCGCGGGAUUCGGGCGGGCGGGCCGGCCGGCCGGGUGGCGGCAGAGGCGCGGGAGGCGCGAUGGCCGAGGGCAGCGCUGUGUCCGAUCCUCAGCACGCCGCGCGCCUGCUGCGGGCGCUCAGCUCGUUCCGAGAGGAGGCGCGUUUCUGCGAUGCUCACCUGGUCCUCGACGGCGAGGAGAUCCCGGUGCAGAAGAACAUCCUGGCGGCGGCCAGCCCGUACAUCAGGACAAAGUUAAACUAUAACCCUCCAAAAGAUGACGGAUCCACUUAUAAGAUUGAACUUGAAGGGAUAUCGGUAAUGGUUAUGAGAGAGAUCCUGGAUUACAUCUUCAGUGGGCAGAUCAGGUUAAAUGAAAAUACAAUCCAGGAUGUUGUGCAGGCAGCCGACCUGCUACUGCUGACGGACCUUAAAACCCUGUGCUGCGAGUUCCUGGAGGGUUGCAUAGCGGCAGAGAACUGCAUCGGCAUCCGGGACUUUGCCCUGCACUACUGCCUGCACCAUGUGCAUUACCUGGCCACCGAGUACCUGGAGACCCACUUCCGGGACGUCAGCAGCACUGAGGAAUUCCUGGAACUGAGUCCUCAGAAGCUCAAGGAAGUGAUCUCCCUCGAGAAGCUGAACGUGGGCAACGAGAGAUACGUGUUUGAGGCGGUGAUCCGGUGGAUAGCACACGAUGUGGAGAUGAGAAAGGUCCACAUGAAGGACGUCAUGUCAGCACUGUGGGUUUCAGGGCUGGAUUCCAGCUACCUACGCGAGCAGAUGCUGAAUGAGCCCUUGGUGCGAGAAAUUGUCAAAGAGUGUAGCAACAUCCCGCUCAGCCAGCCGCAGCAGGGGGAGGCCAUGCUGGCCAGCUUCAAGCCCAGGGGCUACUCAGAGUGCAUCGUGACCAUUGGAGGGGAAGAAAGAGUGUCACGGAAACCCACAGCUGCCAUGCGAUGUAUGUGCCCUCUCUACGACCCCAACCGGCAGCUGUGGAUUGAACUGGCUCCUCUGAGCAUGCCAAGAAUUAACCAUGGAGUUCUUUCAGCAGAAGGAUUUCUGUUCGUGUUGGGGGGCCAAGAUGAAAAUAAGCAGACGCUGAGCUCGGGAGAGAAGUAUGACCCAGACGCCAACACGUGGACUGCGCUCCCACCCAUGAAUGAGGCGAGACACAACUUUGGGAUCGUGGAGAUAGACGGCAUGCUGUAUGUCCUCGGAGGGGAGGACGGGGACCGCGAGCUGAUUUCCAUGGAGUGUUACGACAUUUAUUCCAAAACCUGGACCAAGCAGCCUGACUUGACCAUGGUUAGGAAGAUUGGCUGCUACGCAGCUAUGAAAAAGAAAAUCUAUGCCAUGGGCGGAGGCUCGUAUGGAAAACUGUUUGAGUCUGUAGAGUGUUAUGAUCCACGGACCCAGCAAUGGACGGCCAUAUGCCCACUGAAAGAGAGGAGGUUUGGAGCAGUGGCCUGCGGGGUUGCCAUGGAGCUCUAUGUAUUUGGAGGCGUCCGAAGUCGAGAGGACAUCCAGGGCAGCGAGAUGGUCACCUGCAAGUCUGAGUUCUAUCAUGACGAGUUUAAGAGGUGGAUCUACCUUAAUGAUCAGAACCUAUGCAUCCCUGCCAGUUCCUCCUUUGUCUAUGGAGCCGUCCCCAUAGGAGCCAGUAUUUAUGUUAUCGGAGACCUUGACACAGGUACCAACUACGACUACGUGCGGGAGUUUAAGAGAAGCACGGGCACCUGGCACCACACGAAGCCACUCCUGCCGUCCGACCUUCGGCGCACAGGCUGCGCAGCCCUGCGCAUAGCCAACUGCAAGCUCUUCCGCCUGCAGCUGCAACAAGGCUUGUUCCGCAUCCGGGUCCAUUCCCCUUGAGGAGGAAGAGGAGCCAAAAGUGAGAUCCUGCCCCAAGUGUAUCAUGUGGCUGGCUGGCAGCAAGCACAGAGAAGCAGCCCCAUCUUGCUGUGUGCUGGGCUUCAGUAUGGUUACUCUUUGGUGGUUUUUUAAUGCUUAGAAGCUCAGGCUUCUGCCCUUGUCUGGAGACGGAGUACUGUUGAAAAACUACCUGGGAGGAAUCAGUUCCUCCAGCCUGGUGCGUCCGUAACCAAGGCUAGUGAGUGUCCUAGGAGAAGGGUGUGGGGGUUGGUGUCAUGUGAAAUAUCAAAGUUAAAGCCCUAAGGUGCAUUUUCCCAGAAGGGAACUCUUACCUGACUGACUGCUGCGUUCCAGUGUGUGUGGCUGUGGUAAACAAACAGAAUCCAUAUAUGCAAACCAACAUACCCGGCACGGCACACACGGCACACGCGGCUGGCCUUGUGCUGCACGGGAGGGUAGAGUGCCUGGCCCCGCCCAGUAAUUGAGGUUUGUGCAGUUAGUUCCCACUUAAUCCUAGUGCUCUGUCUUAAGACUUAAAAACUAUAUUCUGAUGAAUUGAAACUAAGACAAACUCCUCUCUGGCAACAGUCUACCUUAGUAAAGAUUCAGUCUCCCGAGAAGCUCGGGCCUGAACCCUUUUUGUGAGCUUAAAGGAACCGCUCACCAUAAAAGAUCCUGCGCCAGGCCGAGAGAGUUCUGGGGUGGCGCUGUGAGAUCGUCGGGAGCUCAGUCAUAUAUUCUUGCUGUCCACCUGGAAAAGCAGAACCAUUUUCUAUGCUCCAGGCUGUUAGUGCAGAGGAGGCUUCAGACAGAGUCGGGCAAAGGAGAGUUCCGCUAUCACUAAAAACAGAGAGACAUGGAAAAAAAAAAGCUGUCCGGGUACCGUGUAUAGGAAUCAAAAGGUCUGCAUUUGAUCUGUCUGAAAGCACACUCAGUCCUGUUUACUGCUGCUUAGAGCUACAAGCUUGUCUUUGAAUGCAGGCAUGUGUAGAACUGUGUCUUCGUAACAGGCCGCUCCCAAAGCGUAGGAGUUUAGAUGAAUUUUGCUCCCAGUAAUGUUUGCCUGGUAGAAUAAACUACCUCAACUUAAUUUUAUUCUGUUCCCAUUAGUACCCUUCCCCAUCAGUCACCUCCGCUUUCACCCUCCCUUUCACUUCCCCUUAGUCAAAAGAAUUCUUUAGUUAGUGGGAGUUCUCUCGUAAGAUAUUUUGUUUUCCAUUUAGAUUAUGGCACCUUGGUGUGAAACAAGAGACUUGACACACUGGAUUAUUUCAUGGUGUGCAAUGUCAAGUUUCUAGUCAGCUUGACAGAGAGUUCCUCGUUUCUAACUGUUUUCUUCACAUUUCUUUCUCUUAAAGUAGGAGUGUAAAAGGCAACAUUGUACCUUGUGAUUGCUAAAUGUAGAAGUAUAUCCUUUGGUUAUAUUGGAGGACAGGAAUUUCUUCUAGAAACUUCCUACGUGAGAUGUUUAUAUGCAGUUAAAGUGCAUAUAAGACAUCAAUCCUCUUUUCCUAAAAGGGUGGACUCUCUGCAGGAUUUUCUUACACUUGCUGGGAGCCGUCAGCACUAAGAAGUUACUAAAAAGAGGCGGGGGUGGGGUAUAAAAGG